UCAAAGUCUAGGAAGAGCUGUGUGUUCUGUCUCUUCACUGCCUCUCAGAAUUUGUGUUCGUUUAUGACUUCAUAGCUGGAAAGAACUGCACAGUUUACUCUGUUUCGAUUAGGGCAUCUCUGCCUCUGCGUAUACAGGGAAAGUCUGGAAGAAAAAGGAAAGAGACCGAUUAGGAGAAGAGCACUAGUGAAAGGUCUAAACUUCCAUUGUUUUUCACGAGGACGUUUGAUAAAAACAGCUCCAGGCUCGCUCGGUUCAUCGUUGGCAGCUUCUCUUAUAUUUCUGUUUCUACUGCCUUAGUUUUUGACGAAAGUUCUGGCUGAGGAUACGAGAUUGGGAUGAAUAGUCCUGUUUGAGCUCUGCUUUGUAAAGCUCCUACUUUUGGGUUCUUGGUUCCUGCAACAACAAUGGCUGAAUUUAUUUGUGUUCUCAACAAGGAUACUCUUAUUAUAAAGCCUCAUAAGAAAUCUCCCAUGUUGUUAAGGAUGAUGGUUUUGUUGUUUGCAAUGAUAUGUGGGGUGUUGAUAUGCUCUAUCUGUUUAAAGCAGAUAAGCAAUAACACCAACAUUAAAUUGCAAGAUAUCCAAGUACUUGAUAGGCCUCCUCAUGAUAUCGGUCCUCAGCAAUUGGGCAUUCCUUGGGUGCAUUACCCGAAGCCGCAGACUUUUAGCAGGGAUGAAUGUGCGCAUAAUCCUGUACGAUUCUUUGCUAUCUUGUCAAUCCAGAGGUCAGGGAGUGGAUGGUUUGAGACGUUGUUAAAUAGUCACAUCAAUGUAAGCUCAAAUGGGGAGGUAUUUUCGAAAUUGGAGAGGAGGCAAAAUGCAUCUGCAAUUGUAAAUACUCUAGAUAAAGUCUACAAUUUGGACUGGUUGAGUAGUGCUUCCAAGAAUCAGUGUUCUGCGGCAGUUGGCUUGAAGUGGAUGCUUAAUCAGGGAGUGAUGGCUCACCAUGAAGCAGUAAGUGAAUACUUCAGUCGACAGGGUGUUUCUGUAAUAUUUUUAUUUCGAAGAAAUCUGCUGCGUCGAAUGGUUUCAGUUAUUGCAAAUUCCUAUGAUCGAUAUGCUAAACUAUUGAAUGGAACUCACAAGUCUCAUGUGCAUUCACCAGAAGAGGCUGAUAGACUUUCAAAGUACCAACCUUCAAUCAAUUCCACAUCAUUGAUAGAUGAUCUGAAGCAAAUGGAGUUAACAACCGCCAAGGCUUUAGAAUACUUCAAUAGCACUAGGCACAUUGUUGUGUACUAUGAGGAUCUCAUCAAGAACCGCACUAUAUUGAAGGAUGUUCAAGAAUUUCUGAGACUCCCUGUAAUGGAGUUAACAAGCCGUCAGGUUAAAAUACACAAAGGUUCCCUCUCGAUGCACAUUAAGAACUGGGACGAUGUGAACAAGACUCUCAACGGAACAACAUACGAGAAGUUCCUCCACGCUGACUAUCGGUAACUCAUGGAAUGUUGAGUCUUACCAACUUCAACUAAUCUUUCAUCACAGAGCUGACAGGAUACGAGUCCUUCUGGUUUUGGCUGCUAUGUGGAUUUCAUGCCGGCACAUAUCGUUUUGUUACUCAAUGUUUCUGUUGAUUAAUGUAUCUUUGCUCUAAAUAUUAUUCUUAUAGAUGAUAUAUAGACCAUUGUAUAUGUCAGCUAAUCCACAUUUCUGGUGAAGAAAAGCAAUUUUUGCAAGUGUAUAAAGCGGGGUUUCAUUGCUGAAUUCUUGCCUC